AGAGGGAGGGAAGACUCUGGGCAGGACAAAGCCAGGAUGAAACUCCCUCUAUUUCUGACUCUUCUGGUUGGGGCCGUUUCUACUCUUCAUCUGAGGACAGAAACUCCCGACGUCAACAGCCCCUUGGAAAAUGAAGCCUUGCCUCAGGAUGGGGAGACACUAGAACCAGAACCUGAGGAGGCCCCUGCUGGGGAGCUGAUGCCGCUGGAGGAGGAGGUAGAAGGAGGCUCUGGAAGCGAAGAUGAUCCUGAGGAAGAGGAGGCUGUGGAGUCAGACUCAGCCCUGGAUGUGGUGGACAAGGACCUUCAGUGCCCUAAGGAAGAAGACAUAGUCAAACUGGAAGGCAGCCCUGGAUGCAAGACGUGUCGCUACCUCCUGGUGAGGAGCGCCAAGCGGUUUAAUAAGGCUCAGUUUGUCUGUCAGAGAUGCUACCGGGGCAACCUCGUCUCCAUCCACAACUUCAGCUUUAAUUACCAACUCCAGUGCUCCGUCAGGGUGCUCAACCAGGGUCAAGUCUGGAUCGGAGGCAGGAUCGUGGGCAGGGGCCGUUGUAAAAGGUUCCUCUGGGCUGAUGGCAGCUCUUGGAAUUUUGCGUACUGGGCUGCCGGCCAGCCCAACACCUGUGGUGGCAGAUGUGUGGCCCUGUGUACUCGAGUGCCUCCUUAAAUUUUGCAUCUAAGAUGAGGGCCUCACUUGGCUGACCCUAGUUCCGACUCUGGACUCUCCUAUCAGCCUCUAGUAAGAGAGCGGAGGUAAACUUGGGGUGGGAAGGUGACCUAUCAGUGUCUGGAAGAUUCUGCAUGUAGCUUUUCAUUCUAGCUCCGCCUCUUGGCCAGCCAUGGACAUAUGCCUUGAGGUUGGACACAAUGGCAUGUUCUAGAUCAGCGAUCCCCAGAUGUUCCAGAGGACAUUAGGAAAUGAGGGGAGACAUUCUUGGUUGUUCUCAGGGGAGCUGCUACCGACAUCUAGUAAGAUGAUAUCUCGUAGAUAUCAGGGGUGUUGUGGAGCUUUCCACAAUGCCCAGGGCAGCCCCCCACAACUAUUAAUUGGCCCCAAAUAUAAACAGUAUAAAGGUUAGGAAUCCCUGAUCUAGAUUUUCAGUACGGAGGA